AAACAAUCAAAAUCACUCUGUCAGACUUUUCGUCAAUUUUUGUGUUCGCGUUUCAUGUGACAAAAUUCGCUGUGAUGAACUCAUUUAUCAGAAAUGUCAAAACGAUUCAACUGCCCACCAUAAAAUACCUUUCAAAAAAAGUCACCCCAUCCCUAUCGACCAUCGAAAGCAGCUGGAAACCGGCCCCCAUUGUCCAGGACGGCCGUCUGAACUUCACCAGGUCCAGAUCGCUGCCCCCCAACUUGAGCCCCAUCAAAAUAGACUUACCCUCGCCUAUGGACUUCCUGCCGCGCCCCAUCGCCGAGCAAAAAUGCCCCAAAACAGCCCCCCAAAGUCGCGCAGGUUGGGGCAAACCCACCCUAAAGGUGGCCGGAAAAUUUCGAAAAUCCCGACCAAAAACGCGAGGAACCAGCGAAAAAUCCUGCGUUCUACCUGAUAGCGCGGCGCGGAAGAAACUGCUGAUCAACAGCAGGAAUUUGCACGUUAGGAGAACGGCGAGUCUGCCAGGCGCUGGACAGGCGAUGUCCACGUUCAAGGAACUGUACAAAGUUUCCCCGAUCAAGGCCCUCAUCAGUCUCAACGAUGAAGUGAAAGGGAAGAAGUACAAGCGCACCAUUCUCACCGUGAGGGAAAGAGAAAAAGUGAAGUUUCACUAUCUGUCCGACAAUCCGGAGUGCCGACAGUGCAUGUCCAAGAACCAGAAGCGAUUCGCCGAAUUCUACAAGAAAAACUCGGAAAAAAUGGGCAAGUUUGCCCACACCAGACGCGCCUUCAGCACCUACGUGAACGAUCCGCUCCUGCGCCAGAUGGAGUACGAACAGGCCAAGGCCAAAGAGUUUCAGCAGGAAAUUGUGCGUGUGAAGGACCAAAAUCUCGCCACUGGCCUCAAGGGCCAAGCGGUCACCCUCUUCAAUCUGAUCAAGCUCCAAUCGAGCACCCCGACAAGCAGCUUCACGCCUACCAACUCGUACAAGUUUGAGGCGAAGCAGGUGCCCGAAGAGUACAAGUUUCGGCAGGAGGACCCGAACAACCAGAAGAAACCGGAUCCAUAUCCGCUCGAAAUGUUCAACGAAGACUAUAUUCCCGAGCUGGAAUCAGCGCGGGGCGUCAGCAGGGCGCAAUCGUGUCCAGAGUUCGUGGAAAACGACCUGCAGGAGCCGGAUGAGGCCCUGGAGGAUGUGGAGGAGGCCCCCAAAUGGAAAUCCAGUCUGGAGCCUCCAGGCCCUUUUGCCCGCUCACGCAGAAACCAGGUUCUCUCCCCCUGCGGGUCCUGCGGCCGCAGGCAGCCGCCCCGCAAAAAACCGCCGAGCGACAGCAGCAAAAAGCCGGCCAGAAAGGAGAAGAAGCAGCGAAAAAAGGCGCUGCUCAGACCCAACGAGGAACCGAGCUGCCACGCCCCGCCCAGACGGCCCGACUUGGUGUCCCGGGAGAGCCCCGCCCCGUAUCCCCCUAAACCGGCCGGCAGCAUGGAGGCGGGCAGGAAAAAGUGUCCGGACUGCGGCAGCGGGCAAAAGAGGGCGCCCUGCAAGAUUCCGGUGCCGCGCAAGAAGGAGGAGGACGACCCGUGCGCGCCCCCCAAGCCGGACAAGCCGUCCUGCAACAAGAAGAAUCCCUGCUACCAGGCGCAGAACUUUUUCAGCACAGGAAACGAGCAGCAGACGUUCCAGUUUGCCGGGAAAAAGUGCCCCGACUGCGGCUCUGGAAAGAGGAGGCCUCCCUGUAAGAUCCAGGUGCCCGCCAAGGAACAGGAGGAGGACCCCUGUUUGCCCCCAAAGGCGAAAAAGACGCCCUGCCACAAGGAGAGCCCGUGCAAUCAACACUACAAAUACUUGCAGCCGACGAGCAAGCAGAACGCGACUCGUCCCAGAGAAUACUCAUUUCCUGCUGUCACUCUAGCUCCAGCCUGGAAAGGCGCCCAACAUGCCACCGCGAAAUACUCCUUUCCUUUUCCCGAGGACUUCAAUUUUAAUGGGGCACACUCCAAGUCGGCAGAACACAAGAAGGAAGAUCUGAGUGAGCGUGAAGCACCCAAUAACACGCCACCUGCGCGCUACUCAUUCCAGCGACCAUCCAGGCUGGACCUGGACAUGCAAGUGGCCAAUAAAAACCACUCAAAAAUGGUAAACAGCAGCAAGUUCCUGGAGAUUUUCAGAGCGAGGCAGGCCGAGAGUCGGGAGUUGAUCCAGGCUGGAAAGGAGGCGAACAGCACGAAGAGCGGUUACUUCAUUCAUCCCAAGGACAGUCUGAAUGAGAAGAUUUGCGACGCCAUCAGCACCGUGCCUAAAGUGGAACUGGCCGAGAACUCCAAGCAGAUGAUUGCCAAGGCGAUCAAGCGGAUGAUCGAACCCAUUAUUGAGAAGGAGUUUCUGAAGUACGAAGAAGUUAAAGCUGCCCUGGAACGCAUGGAUAAGAACCUAACCACCACCCUAAACGCCCUAAAGCCGCUCAACCCUUCUCGACUAAUCCCUGCCCCUCCCAAGAUCCAGUUUAAGUAUCCCUGGCGCCAGAUCGCUCCUGCUGAAAUAACCGAAAAAACCCAUCAACCCGCCAUGCAGGACCCGAAGAGCAAAUGCGCCGCCCAUCGGGACCCAUUUGCAAAAAUAUCGGUGAAAGCGCCAGCCUUAAAGCUGCAGGAAUCGAUCGAAGAGCCGCAAAACGACCAGGCGAAAAUCGCUGCAAAGCACCCUGAAGACAAAGAAAAUGGGUGCCAGAAGGCGGACGAAUUGUUCCGGAAAGGGAAGAAAGUGGAUGCCUUUGCCGCCAUCAGUGGGAAGCAGGAAUGCACGAAGCAACCGGAGGAUCUCUGCAGGCAAGAGGAGAAACCGUGCAAAAAGGGCGGGGAGGCAGAGACCAUCUGCAAGGUAGACCCUUGCGAAGUUUCGCCCUGCCAGAAGCCUCCUCCCACUGCCUGCAAAGGAGGAGACUUGAAAGGUGGAGAGAUUUCCUGCAGGAGAGCUGACGAGAUCAAACGAACGGACAUCGAAUGUCCAAAGUGUGCAGCGCGCCCCCAACAGCCCCCAUGCGCCCCCGCAUGUCCACCAGCGCAAACCGCCCCGCAGACCUGCAAGGGCCAGCAGGAGCCCAACAAGGAGCGAAGCUCCAGCUCGUGUGCAGGCAAAGAGCACGGCCUACCAGGCAUGAAGGAGAUCGCCUCAAGUGCAGAUUGCGCGAAAACCUGCGGGCCCCAAGCCGAAAAGUUCAUCAACCUGGAAAACUCCCCCGGCUCCAAACCAACCCCCAACCAAGGGGGCGGCUCGUGUGCAAAAGCAGCAAAACCUGCCCCAAAGGAGGACAACGCUUGCGAUCCCCACCUGCUAAAGAAACAGGCGCAUGAGAGGCGCUUCCAAGUGGAAAGGGAGGAGGCGCUGCGGAGGGAGCAGGAGGCCGCCAAGAGGAAGCCGAUUCAGUUCGCGCAGGAGACCAGGAGGGAAUGGAGUCCCGUGAAGAUUGAGCCCAAUCGAAUGGGCGACAAGAAGACACUGCGAAGAAGCGGCAGCGCGGCGACGAAGACACCCGCUCCAGCCCCAACGAAGGAACAGGAAAAAACGCUGGUGAAAAGUUGCUCAGACAAAAUAUCCGAUCUGUGCAUGAUGAUCAUUCGGAAGCACAAGGGCGGCAAAAAGGCCGCCCCUAUUGUGGUGACGCUGUCGCGCAGCCAGCCUUCCAUCGGCAGAUUUGGCGACUCUUCAGCUGUUGCGGCCCCUUGCGCUGCGGGCGGCGGCGGCAGCUCCGGAAGUGGCGGCAAAAGGGGCGGCGCCUCGCCGGUCACCUUCAUCGAAACCACAACAAUCGACCACAAAAGUAGGAGAAUGUUCGGCUGGGCGCUGGAAAGCGACGCCCACCAAGAGCCCAACGAGUCCUUUCUGGAGCUGAAAGAUCACAAGCCGCUGAACAUCAAAAUUGCCGACUCGAACGGAUUUUCCGACGCGAAAAGCGAACCCCUGCUGCAAUCGGCGAGGAAAAGUCGCGAUGUUGAUCGGAAAAGCCUGUCGGGUGUUUCGAACAUUCACUGUUCCGAGAAGAAGACUUCCUGCGGAUCGGAAGUGGACGCCAAAAUCAAACAGCUGGAGGAAUGUUUGAAGAAGCAAAAAGACAAGUCGGCGAAGAAGGAGGAUCCUGGCAAGAAGAAGGAGGAUCCGUGCAAAAAGAAGGAGGAUCCAUGCAAGAAGAAGGAGGAUCCGUGCAAGAAGAAGGAGGAUCCAUGCAAAAAGAAGGAGGAUCCUUGCAAGAAGAAGGAGGAUCCGUGCAAAAAGCAGGAGGAUCCUUGCAAGAAGAAACAGGAGGAUCCUUGCAAAAAGAAAGAAGACCCUUGCAAGAAGAAAGAAGACCCUUGCAAGAAAAAGGAGGAUCCCUGCAAAAAGAAAGAGGACCCUUGCAAGAAGAAAGAAGACCCUUGCAAGAAAAAAGACCCUUGCAAAAAGGAAGAUCCUUGCAAAAAGAAAGAAGAUCCUUGCAAGAAGAAAGAGGAUCCGUGCAAAAAAAAGGACGACCCUUGCAAAAAGAAAGAGGAUCCCUGUAAGAAAGAAGACCCUUGCAAGAAAAAAGACCCUUGCAAAAAGGAGGACCCUUGCAAAAAGAAGGAAGACCCUUGCAAGAAAAAAGACCCUUGCAAAAAGGAAGACCCUUGCAAAAAGAAGGAAGACCCUUGCAAGAAAAAAGAAGACCCGUGCAAAAAGAAGGAAGAUCCAUGUAAAAAAGCGCAAAGUAAAUUAUCUACAUCGAACGUUAAAGGAUCCAUAAAGGAGCAUCCAAGUGAGCAAAAUUUUUGCGCGAACAAAGUGGAUCCUCCCAAGAAGAAACCGGCCGACCGAUGCAAGAGCGAGGUGGAAGGAAUCAGCGACAAGGGAAGAAAAAUUUGCGACGCGAUCGCGGCCAAUCAGCAGCCGAAGAAAACAUGCGGCAAGCUGGUCAGGCAGAACAGCAGCAAAACCGAAUGCAAGCAGAAAGUGGACCCUUGCAAGCAGAAAGAAGACAAAGUGGAGCCGUGCAUUCCCUGCAAGCAUGAAGAUUACAGCAAGCGGCAGCAUCUCAAACCGGCCAGCAAAUGUGGCGAUGCUGCCCAGAAGAAAGCCGAUCCGUGCAAGGGCAAAUCGGACCCCUGCAAGGAGGACCCUUGCAAAAAGGAGGACCCUUGCAAGAAAAAAGUAGACCCUUGCAAGAAGAAGGAGGACCCUUGCAAGAAGAAGGAGGACCCUUGCAAAAAGGAGGACCCUUGCAAGAAAAAAGAAGACCCUUGCAAGAAGAAGGAGGACCCUUGCAAGAAGAAGGAGGACCCUUGCAAGAAAAAAGAAGACCCUUGUAAAAAGGAAGAUCCUUGCAAGAAAAAGUCAGCAGGAAAAUUUGCAGAUUGCAUCGCCACCUUGACGGGCAGGAGCGCAAAACAGUGCGAGCGCCCAAUGAACCAACCGAUCAAAGCGUGCAACAAGAAGAAAAGCUUCAAAGACAAAUAUCCAUGGCUCCUGUUUAAGAAGAACAAAGAAUGCGCAGUUACGAAGGCCUCAAGCAGCGACUCGAAGCUGAGAGGUCGAAAAUCUUCCAAGCAAUGCAACCAAUCCAAGUCUGAUCCCUGCCUGGGUGCCAAACCGUCCGAAGAUCAGUGCGCUGCUCGGGACAAGUUGCUGGCCAAAUUCAAGAAAACGAUGCAGAAAAAUGAAGAUUCCUGCCAGAAGGAGGAGAGUUUGUGUCGAAAGGAGGGCGCCUGCAUGGCAAAUGCGGCCAGCAGAAAGUUGAAGGGCUCCUGUGAGAAAAAGGAGGAUCCUUGCAAGAAGAAACCAGAGGAUCCUUGCAAGAAAAAGGAGGAUCCUUGCAAGAAGAAACAGGAGGAUCCUUGCAAGAAAAAGGAGGAUCCUUGCAAGAAGAAACAGGAGGAUCCAUGUAAGAAGAAGGAGGAUCCCUGCAAGAAGCAAUGUCUGAAAUUGCAGUUGUCCUCGUUGCUUCAAGACUUUCCGGCCGAUGCCGCCCAAUCACCCAAAGGAAAAGUUUUCUUCUUUGCAGAUGAUGCUCUAAUCGCCCACUUGACUCGCUACCCGGAUUUGUCCUGGAAAUCUUCGGCCUGCUGCAAUCAGCUGAGUCUUCUCAACAUCCCAGCGAGUCCCAUCAGUGUGCAGAAGAUUCGAUUUUCUUCAUUCAAGCAACAGAAGAGCGAACAACAACAGCUCGCUAGCAACUUGUUCCCUAAAAAAGCCAAGGUGGACUCAUCGGUGGGGAUCAAGCAGUUUUUCCUGUCGAAGCGCAAGAAACUCGAGGAAGAACCCGUGAAGAAAACGGCGGGUAUUUUGGAGAAAAGCGCGGAUUUUUGCCAAAAGACUGAGAAACCCUGUGGAAAACACCAGGAAAACUCGAGCAAACUUGACGAACAUUCUGCAAAACAACUCAGCUGUUUAAAAGGCUCAGGGCCAGCCCAAGAUAGCGGUAAUCCAAUGACCGAUUGCUUGAAAAAAUGUGCAUGCAAAGGCAAAAACCGUAGAGCAAAAUCCCCAGCUGAAGAUCAGUGCUUCAAAGCUCCCAGCUCUACAUCUUCACCAUCAAACGACCAGACUUCAUCUCAACUAUGCGAAACAUUGAAAUGCUUGCAAGCUAUCGAAAGUCUGACUAAAAAAAUUGCGAAUAACCUUCGCAACACCUCAAGGGAAAAGGAAGCAAAGGAAGAAGUGAUAAACGAGCCCUCAACACGCCCGGCGAGUGCUUCAAAGGAGGAGGAAGACGCGCCACAAACAGAGAGCAAAUGUGACUGUACGAAAACGUUCGAGGAAGACAAACAAUGCAAACCACAAGAAGCGCAAGAAGGCAAAGGAAAACUGGCAAGUUUGGAAGAUUCGGAACCCCAACUUUGUGCGCCCGCCCCCGAAGAAAACAGCCACAAAAGCAAUCAAGUGUCUGAACAAGUGAUGGAGACGCUGAGUGCUUCAAAGUUCAAGAUUUGUGAAGAAGAACAAGAGAGGAGCGCGGAAGAUCAAUCAGAGGGUGGAACUUGUGCUGAAGAAGAGUGCGUUCGGGACCAAACCGUGCAGAAAGGCCUCAAAGGACUGUCUGUCGUUCUUCCGGAAAGUGAAGAAACUGUGCCUAGAGACAUGGGGAUCUUAAGACAAUGCAUGCUGCAAAAGAGGAGCAAUAAGAUGCCCAUCGUGCAACCUUCAAGUGAUGAAGAGCUAGAAGAAGCAAUGUGCAAAGGAAGAAAGUACCUUUGCAAAAUACAAAAGCUAAGUUUCGGCGAGAAAUUGCUUGUAGGGGAAGAAAUAGGCGACGGCACCGAUCCAGGACCUUUCUGCGAAGAAAAUGGCGUGGAAAAGGUGUUAAAAUGCGCCCUGGUUAGGGAUGAACAAAAUCGGGAAAAGUUUGUCUGCACGGAAGUGUAUCCGAAGGACCUAAAUGUUGGCAAAGCAAUGCAAACAAACUAUCAAUUAAAUAGGAGCAAUAAAAUCAAAAUAACAUCCAACAAGUUGGUGUGCAGAACAUGUCCAGCUGUUGAUGGAUCAGGUAGGAAGGAGAUUUUUUGCUCGCUGGCCACAGUGGAAGAGAUCAAAACCCCCAGUGAAACUGUUUGCCAACCGAACACGAAAAAACCUGCAGAAAAAGACAUAAAUUCACUGAUAAAGUAUAGGGACUUGAAAAGGAGAAGGAAGCAAAAUGAGGAGAAGGCCAAAGAGGAGGCUGGCAAGAAGCAACCGGCUAAAAAGAGGACUGUUGACGAAACACCCAAUUUAACCAUUGAUAACGACAAUAAUAAUAAUAAUAAUCAAUAAAGUUGUGGAGGUUUUUGUUCA